AUGGCUCGCUUGCUGCUUUUGGUCAACUCCCUGGUCCUGUUGCUUUUCGGCAGCGACAUGUUCUUGGUGGCAGCAAACCGGCCACCGGCUCCCGUCAAUGUGUCGGUCAUGCACCUGCGGGCUGACUCGGCAACGGUUUACUGGGAGGUUCCAGAGGGAGAUAUAAUAAUUGGUUUCUCAAUCUCGCAACAGAGGCAGGAAGGACACACGCACCGACUCAUCCGGGAAGUCAACACCACCAGCCGCUCCUGUGUCCUUUGGGACCUCGAGGAGGAGACAGACUACAUCAUACAGGUGCAGUCGAUCGGCCUCUACGGGGAAAGCCAGGCCAGCACGAAGGUCCAUUUUCGCACCCUCAGGAAGACAGACCUCUUCCCCUCCAACAGCUCCAAUCAAGAUGACCCCACUGUGCAGGGCCUGGACAAGUCCCGUCACCUGCAGACAGGAGAGAUGAUCAUCAUUGUGGUGGUGUUGGUCAUGUGGGCAGCCGUUAUUGCCCUGUUCUGCCGGCAGUAUGACAUCAUCAAGGAUAACGACUCCUGCAACAAUAAGGAGAAGGCCAAGCCGUCGUCAGAAAGGAGCACGCCGGAGCACCACAGUGAAGGGCUGCUGAGGAGCAAGUUUCAUCCCUCCGUGCGGUCUAUCAACAUCAUCGAAGUGUAA